ACAAAGAGACGCGUUUUUACAAUUUCAUUCAAAAACUUUGUUUUUUCGAUAUUUGUUUUUUAAAUUGUGUUUUAAACGUGAUUUUUUUGUUAAAUUUGUUGAAAAUUUGAAUUUCUUUAAAUUUGUGUCAAAAUGAAAAAAGCUAAGGAACCAAAAGUUAAACCUUCAGUCUUUGAACCUGAAUCUCCUUCCGAAAACGAGGAAUCUGAGCAGGAGGAAAUGCAAGCAGAAGAUGCUGAGGAAGCAGAAGAUGAAGUCGAACAUGAGGAAGCAGAACAGCCAAAUGCUUCUCGAUCGUACGACGAUGAUAACGAAGAACAGGAAGAAGAGGAAGAACACGAGGAGGAACCUGAAGUUGCACCUCCCAAAGCAAAAAUCGCCAAAUCCUCUUCGAUGGAAGAACCCGUUGAAGUCGCAGCAGGUCCUUCUCGCAAUCGCACAAAACGCACAUUAUUUUCCGGCGCCGCUCCCAAAAUAAAAAUUGUGAUUCCCAUGCACGAAAAACGUCAAGCGAACAGCGAUCAUCCGCCGUUGAAGCAAAUGUUGACGGAAGCUGUGGAAAAAUUGAACGAAAAACGCGGCAUCACAUGGAACGACGUGAAGCGAUAUAUUCACACGACGUACGAAUACAUGAACGAUGUUGCGCUGAAGAAGGCGAUCAAAGCGCGUCUCGAUGCGGGAGAAUUCGAAAAGGUAACAGGCAUCGGUUUGAACGGAAAAUUCAGAUUGCCGCCCGUGAAGAAACACGCGAAGAAGGAAAAAGCGGAGAAGCCAGAAAAAGCUGUGAAAGAAAAAAAAACCAAAAAAGACGUGAAAGAAAAGGCAAAAGUUGAGAAGAAGAAAGAUGGCGAAAAAUCUCGCAAAAAAACUUCGAAGGCAGUUGCCACGAUGAGUGAAACGAAACCCGAUAAGCGUCGUAAAAGUUUGAUUUUGCAGGUUCCAAAGGCUCCGAAAGCGGCGAAAGUUGCAAAAGCCCCGAAAGUUGCAAAGGAAUCAAAAGCUGAAGAAAAAACUAAAAAGAAGGAAAAAGCAACGACUAAAGGAACAAAAAAGGCAGUUGUCAAAUCAGGCAAAACAGGAAAAGUCAAAAUAACCACAGAAGAAUGAUCAUUUUUCGUCAAUUUCUUUAUUUUUCCUCACUUAAAAUGAAUUCUUAAACCGAUUUUAAUAAAAAUAAACGUACAAAUUUAGUCACUUU